AUGAAUGUGUGUACAGAGGCUGAUAUUGGUACAAAUAAAAUAUCUCUCUCCAUCCCUCUCUCGAUUCAUCUAUCCAUCCCUCUCUCCAUCCCUCUCUCUAUCCCUCUCCAACCCUCUCUCCAUCUCUCUCCAUCCCUCUCUCGAUUCAUCUAUCCAUCCCUCUCUCCAUCCCUCUCUCUAUCCCUCUCCAACCCUCUCUCCAACCCUCUCUCCAUCCCUCUCUCCAUCUCUCUCCAUCCCUCUCUCCAUCGCUCUCUCUCUCUCCAUCCAUCUAUCCAUCCCUCUCUCCAUCCCUCUCUCCAUCCAUCUAUCCAUCCCUCUCUCUAUCCCUCUCCAUCCCUCUCUCCAUCCCUCUCUCCAUCCCUCUCUCCAUCCCCCUCUCCAUCCCCCUCUCCAUCCCUCUCUCUAUCCCCCUCUCCAUCCCUCUCUCUAUCCCUCUCUCCAUCCUUCUCUCCAUCCCCCUCUCCAUCCCCCUCUCCAUCCCUCUCUCUAUCCCUCUCUCUAUCCCUCUCUAUUCCUCUCUCUAUCCCUCUCCAUCCCUCUCUCCAUCCCCCUCUCAAUCUCCCUCUCUCUAUCCCUCUCCAUCCCUCUCUCCAUCCCUCUCUCUAUCCCUCUCUAUCCCUCUCCAUCCCUCUCUCCAUCCCUCUCUCCAUCCCCCUCUCCAUCCCCCUCUUCACCCCCCCAAUAGAGGAGAGCUGUAGCUCCACUGUGACAGACGAGUUGUGUGUUAAUAACUACCAGACUGAGAUCUUCAACCAGCUCCCCAGCUCUUUGGCCCGACGACGGUCCCUCCAUCACCACCAGGACAGGGGGACCACAGAGACAUCGCACCCAGUAGAGAAGUACCCUGGACUGGUAGGAGAAGCCAGAGACAAGGCCACUACCCAGCCGAUCAGGAGCCUGCCGGUGUGUAUGCAGAGGAAGAGAGAGGCAAGGGACCUGAGGCACCUGCAGACGCGCACUGUUGGCCGAUGGGAGUCAUGGAAGCGGAACCAGAGCAUAAACAGGAAGCGGCUCGGGGAGCAGGUGGGCGAGGCAAUGGCAAGGCUUUUACCAUGGAGCAGCACCCUCCACACCAUUGAAGGUAGAUUCGGUGUAGGUGUGAAAGCUUAUUUUGUCUUCCUGAGAUAUUUGCUUUACCUGAACCUGCUCCUGUGUCUGGUCAUUGGAGGGACUAUACUCAUACCCACAGCAGUCUAUGACAGCGAUGGUGACAGAGGACUACUGAGGUUUGAGGGCAAUGACUCGGUUUUGGACUUCUUCGUUGGUUCGGGUUUUCUAGAACGUUCUCCAGUAUUCUAUGGGUUCUAUGCACGUAGUUCACUAGACCUGCUGUGUCUGAACACGCCCCUCCUCUUCCUCCUCGGAACCCUCACCGUCCUCAUCCUCAGUCUGGUCAUGGUGGUCCGCAGGACGGUUGUAGGCUACAAGCACACGUGGUUGCUAGGCAACCGCUACAACAUCCACAUGAGCUACAAGGUGUUCUGUGGGUGGGACUUCUGUAUCCAGGACCCCGAGGUCGCCGACCUCAAACUCAGCUUCAUCAGGAACGAACUGAAGUUAUACUUAGAAGAGGAGAGGUUCCAGCAGCGUGAGGCCAGGAGGACGUUGGGUCAGUGGGCACACCUCUACUCCCUGCGAGGGCUGCUCCACUUCCUGGUCCUGGUUCUACUGGGCGGAGCCUUCUGUCUCAUCUACUAUGCCACCAUGGCCUCAAAGGCUGAGAGGAAUGGAGACUAUUUGAUCCUCCGGUUGCUUCUCCAUUACCUUCCUCCCAUCGUCAUCACCCUGGUCAACUUCUUCCUGCCUCACGUCUUCCGCCAUAUCUCUUCCUUCGAGGAUUACUCCCUCACCACCCAGGUCAAUGCUACCCUCGUCAGGAGUAUCUUCCUGAAGUUGGCCAGUCUGGGGAUGUAUCUCUUCUUCCUCUUCAAAAACAGCCAACAGGAAUGUUGGGAGAAUCAGUUUGGUAAAGAGAUGUACAAACUCUCAGUGUUCGAUUUCCUGGCCUGUUUCUGCAACACCUUCUUCAUCGUCUAUCCUAGAAAGUGGUUUGUGGACAGGUACCCAUCGUCUUGGCUGGCGCGGUUGUCGGGGAAACAGCAUUUCCUGAUCCCGUUCAAUGUUCUAGACCUGGUGUACAGUCAGACGGUCACCUGGGUAGGAGUGUUCUACUGUCCUAUGCUGCCAUUUAUAGAGACAGUCAAACUCAUGGCCGUGUUUUACAUUAAGAAGUUGACAGUUCUCCAAUGCUGUGUUCCGGCCCAGAGAAUGUUUCGUGCCUCCAGUUCUUCAGUUCUGUUCCACUUCAUGUUACUACUGGGUCUCAUCAUGGCAGUCAUCACCCUCGGAAGUAACCUCCACCAGUUCGAACCCUCCUCCAGCUGUGGUCCGUUCGUGGGCAGCGCUACAGUGUUUAAUGUAACAGCUGUGUGUGUGGACAGUCUACCAGGACCGGCCCAGUCCACUCUGAGAUACCUGUCCUCAGAGGCCUUUGUCCUGCCGCUGAUACUGGCGCAGAUUGUUGUCCUGACCUCCUUUGAGUCGCGGAGGAGAGCCAAUGGAAAAGCCAUCGAGAGACUGAAGGACAUGCUGGUGAUGAGCACCUCAGAUAAGCAUUUUCUGCUGAAGCAGCACACUCUCUCACUCAGACGCCAGAAGAAAACCUUCAAGGCGCCCACCACUGUUUCAGGCACUAGAGAGGGCAGCUCUACCACCAUGAAAGACCCCUCAGCAGGCAUCGGAGAGGACAGCCAUAUCGCUCAACUGAAGGACCCCUCUGCACAGCCUACAGGCAAUGACAGCCCAUCAUAAAGAUAGAUAGAGGACUCUAGUGCCCAACAGCCAGUUUUAGCAUGUGCAGCGACAUUCGGGACUUUCACCAUUCUGAAGUAAUCAACUGAGUGGAACUACCUAUGGUUUAAGGAUCACAUGAUUCCAUCCAGGUCAUCAGGAGGCUUCAACUAAUGAAUUAUACUCGUGAGGAAACAUUCCAUAACUGCAGGUGGCAGUAAAUCGCCAACCUUGGCUUUAUACCUGUUCAAACAACACACUCCAGGUGGCAGGAUGCACCCUUUCAGUUUGUUUACCAACUCAUAGAAGUAGUAGAAGAAGAAAAUGAACUAGUUUGAAAUGAAGAUUUCCUCAAUGGCUCUUUCCAUGCUCCCACAGACGCCCUAUUGGGACAGAUACAAUGUUGCGUUCUCUAACUAUCUCUAUGCAGCCCAUAGAGUUAGAAAUAGAGCCCACCACCUAUCAUGGUGCCAAAUGCACCCUCUAUCCAACUCUAUGGAGCAGACAACCAAAUGGCACCCUAUUCCAUAUUUAGUGCGCAAAAGUAGUAGCAGAUGUGACCUUUGAGCUUUUUGUCACUCCCUAACAUUCAGGGUUUAUUGCUCUGGGCUGUACCUAAAUGUCAUAUACAGUAUUAAGAACAACAAGAGUGUCAGUUACAGAACUUGUGUUACUGUACUGAUGUGUUUAGUGGCUAUGAUGCAGUUGUAAAAGCUUCAUUCUCAGGUAUGUUUUAUGAUCGGGGAUAAUGGUUUUAUAUGUACAGUGGGGAGAACAAGUAUUUGAUACACUGCCAAUUUUGCAGGUUUUCCUACUUAAAAAGCAUGUAGAGGUCUGUAAUUGUUUAUCAUCGGUACACUUCAACUGUGAGAGACGGAAUCUAAAACAAAAAUCCAGAAAAUCACAUUGUAUGAUUUGUAUGUAAUGUUCUCCCCACUGUUUAUUUAAAAGCUCUUACUAUGAAGUAGAUAAUGUUUCUGCAACAGCUUGAGUUUUUUUAAUACAUUUUUAAAAUAUUUGAUCAAAUACUGUUUUUAAAUGUGAACUUCUAUGAAUGCAGUUUUAAAAGAGCUUCUAUUAAAAGGCUGUGUUGUUACGUCA